CCGGCGGGCCGGGGCGGGGAGCGGGCGCGGCGGGCGGCGCCUGCGCCUUGCGGUGCAUGCCGGGCUACCCGUUCCCGCCGUGACGCUGCAGAUAGCAGGCCGGUUCUACCGCCGCUGCCGCCCCUCAGUGCGGGCCCUGGCCGCCCGGUGAGGAUGGUGGGGGUGAAGGUGAUCGCGAACGACACCGAGUUCCAGCCCGAGCUCAGCGCUGCCGGCUCCCGCCUGGCCGUGGUGAAGUUCACUAUGCGGGGAUGUGGCCCUUGUUUAAGGAUAGCCCCAGCUUUCAAUGCUCUGAGUAACAAAUAUCCCCAGGCAACUUUUUUGGAAGUAGAUGUACAUCAGUGCCAGGGCACAGCUGCUACCAAUAAUAUAUCAGCAACGCCGACAUUUCUGUUUUUCCGAAACAAAGUGCGAAUCGACCAAUAUCAAGGAGCAGAUGCUGUAGGCUUAGAAGAAAAAAUUAAACAGCACCUGGAGAAUGAUCCUGGAAACAGUGAAGAUACAGAUAUCCCAAAAGGAUAUAUGGAUUUAAUGCCAUUUAUCAAUAAAGCCGGCUGUGAAUGUCUUAAUGAGAGUGAUGAGCAUGGAUUUGAUAAUUGUUUACGUAAAGACUCUACCUACUUGGAAUCAGACUGUGAUGAGCAGCUGCUUAUUACUGUAGCUUUUAGUCAACCUGUCAAGCUUUAUUCUAUGAAACUUCAGGGGCCAGAUAAUGGGCAAGGUCCAAAGUACAUAAAAAUCUUUAUCAACCUUCCUCGAUCUAUGGAUUUUGAAGAAGCAGAAAGAAGUGAACCAACUCAAGCCCUGGAGCUGACACCAGAUGAUAUUAAAGAAGAUGGUAUUAUCCAGCUUCGCUAUGUAAAAUUUCAGAAUGUUAACAGUGUAACUUUGUUUGUCCAAUCCAAUCACGGUGAUGAAGAGACAACAAGAAUUACGUACUUCACGUUUAUUGGAACUCCAGUCCAAGCAACAAAUAUGAAUGACUUCAAGCGACUUAACUUCCCAUUUCUAAAGAACUAAAAAGGCAGAAGAAAUUAAAAAGUAAUAAUAAGAUUGAAGUGGUCUUGCACUACUCCCUUCCUUGCUCCCUCUGCUCAUCUAGCAUCUCUUUCACCCUUUCCACAAUCUCAGCGCUGAUGCAAGAGCAGCUUUCUCUGUACCUUCUACCAUCAGGAGCAGCCUUCUCUACCUUCUGACUCAUCAACUCAUCUUUCCCCUCCACUCCCUGCUCCAAAUCUUAACCUUAUGCACUUCUCUUUACCUUUCAGUCUUACCAAACUGUUGUCCCACUGUUAACCUGAACUUGAUGUUUUAAAGGCAUGCAUGCUAUGCAGUACUCUUCCAAAUUAUUUUCUGUAAUUGAUUUUGAUUUUUCAGCCUGUAUUGAAUUUUGUAAAGCUAUUUGAGAUGCAGCUUGUGAAAUGCUCUGCCAAGACUUGACUUUUUUUAAUAUCUUAGUGGAGAUUAGUGUUCUUUGUUGUGACCCUUCAAUAUGUAGUACGUAGCCAGAACGGGCUGCAAGGUACUACUCUCUAUUGUCAUAGAGUCAUAGAAUCAUAGAAUCAUAGGGUUGGAAGGGACCUCUGGAGAUCAUCUAGUCCAACCCCCCUGCCAGAGCAGGGUCACCUAGAGCAGGUUACACAGGAACACGUCCAGGUGGGUUUUGAAUGACUCCAGAGACGGAGACUCCACCACCUCUCUGGGCAGCCUGUUCCAGUGCUCUGCCACCCUCAGGGUAAAGAAGUUCCUCCUCAUGUUUAGGUGGAACUUCCUAUGUUCCAGUUUGUGCCCAUUGCCUCUUGUCCUGUCCCCGGGCACCACUGAAAAGAGCCUCGCCCCAUCGUCCUGACACCCACCCUUUAAGUAUUUAUAAGCGUUGAUAAGGUCACCCCUCUAGUGGCACUGGGCACCUGCUCAGGGAAGACACAGUGAGGAGUUGGUGAGUGUUUGUACAUAUGUGGCCUGAUUAGGGCUCUCCAGCAGCAUCCUAAUAAUUUUACUUGCUUGACCUUGUUUAAAGAAAAAAAAAAAAAAACAAACACAAAAAGCCAACCCAAAACAAAACCCCCAAAAUAAAACCAACUGUGUUCCAGAAGGUUCAGUAACAGUCUUUCCAGUCCUACUUUUGGUAAUGAACCAUAGAGUUGGUUGUGGUUCUGUCGCUGUCAGGCUCUGGAGUAAUGCUUGUGAAAAAACCCAAAUGAUUGGAAAAAAGCCUGCUCCAAAACCGUGAUCUUUUCUGUGGGAACUACAGGCUGUAACCACUCCCUUAGAAUGCACUGGAUGGCAGUUGUUUCUGUAGAAGGAAGGCAAAUGGAUCUACUUCCAAGAAAAGAAUAAUGCCAGUUGUUUGGUUUAAGUUUAAAUAGCCUGUUCCUUUUUGGGAAGGUGGAGUGGGAUAGUCAUAAAAUGGGUUUCUUUGACCUGUGAUGACAAAAUAUCCAUAUUG